AUGGAGAAGCGGUACAAGGGAACCGGCACCUCUCACCUUCCCUCCUCUCACUGUCUCCCCUUGCACCCGUUUCGCCCCCACCUGGCAGCCUACUUGGAGAAGCGGGCAGUGGGCAUGGGCAUGGAGAAGCGUCUCUCUUCCCAUCUUCUCACCUUCCUUUCCAUCGGCUUUCCUUUGCCUCCGCUCGCUCUUCCCCCUUUGCCAGCCUACUUGGAGAAGCGCGCAGUGGACAUGGGCAUGGAGAAGUGGUGCAAGAGAAGCGGCACUUCUCACCUUCCCUCCUCUCGCUGUCUCCCCUUGCACCCUCCCCUCCUUUUCUCCCCGGCAGCCUACUUGGAGAAGCCCUACUUGGAGAAGCGCGCAGUGGACAUGGGCAUGGAGACGCUGUUCCUUCCCUCCCAGUCUCUCACCUUCUCUCCCAUCAUCUCUCCUUGCCUCCUCCCACUCUCCCCUAUGCCAGCCUACUUGGAGAAGCGUGCAGUGGACAUGGGCAUGGAGAAGCUGUUCCUCAUGACCACACGCACUGCCGACUGGUUUGUGCACCGGGGGUUCGUCCCGUUCGAGCUGGAGAGGCUACCGGAGGAGAAGCUCAAGAAGGUGGAUCGUAGCCGGGGCUCCAAGAGCUUUGUGAAGGACCUGGAAGACUCCGGAGUACAGCACACGGCAGGAUGGUCCAAGAGCUUUGUGAAGGACCUGGAAGUGAGCGACAAGGGGGAUGCGGAUAGUGACGACGAGUGGGAUGAUGCCGGGUUGCCGACCGACCUUCCCAAGUAUAGUUAG